AUAAUAAUAUACCAAAUCAAUUUACAUCGAUCCCAAACGUUGUUCCUCGCCUGUUUUGCAAUAGCGUGAGUCGCAUUUUUGUCGCCAGAAUCGCAACCUAUCCCGAAAACAGGAAGGUGCAGGACCGUUAAAAGCUCGCAAAAAAUGCGAGCGCAGAGUGGUUGAUCACGCGUGAGCACGCUUUCAGUCGGUCGGGUACUUUUACCUGAAAAUCCGCGGGUAAUCCUGCGUCUCGACUGCGACAGGCGGCCGAUAUUAAACUGUACGCUGAUCAGCGAAGUGCGACAGCACGAGACGAUGCUCUACCUCGAGGAUUACGUGGAAAUGAUCGAGCAUCUUCCGCAAGAGCUGAGAGACCGAUUCACCGAAAUGAGAGAAAUGGAUCUAGGUGUACAGAAUUCAAUGGAUAGCCUGGAAAAGAAAGUAAAGACUUUCUUCUCCAAUGCCAAAAAGAUGAAGCUCAGUGAGAAAGAGGCUGAGUAUGAAGCCAUAAGAAGAGAAUAUUACAAGACCCUGGAGGAUGCUGACGAGAAGGUGCAUUUAGCUAAUCAGAUGUAUGAUUUGGUGGAGAGGUAUUUGAGGAGGCUGGACCAGGAGGUGCACAAAUUCAAGAUGGAAUUAGAAGCCGACAAUAACGGCAUCACCGAGAUCCUAGAGAAAAGAUCCUUGGAGCUGGAUCAACCGCCCACGAAUAGCAGUCAAAAGGAGAAUCGUUACAGUUUCACACCGAGCAGAACGCGAGAUAAUCAUAGUCAUUCACGAGCGGAGAAGAGAAGAGACUCUAAUGCGUCUUCCACGUCUGUUGAGAAGAGGAUGGCGAUUGAGAAGUUUCCGACAACGAGUUUGCCGGAGUCGCGGCCGACUAAUUCCGGGCCGAUCAUCGCGACGAGCAAUGUGCCGCCCGCACCGGCAGCUAUCGCUAAUUCCGUGGGUUCGGUGUGUUACAAUUUGGGCCACAUUGGUGCCGGUGGUAACGCCAUUGCCGCAGCAGCGUCGCAAGCGAUCGCGGCGACGCAAUCCAUGCAGCAAGGCAGACGAUCGGCGAGCUUGAAGGCCAGCUACGAGGCCAUCAACACUGGCGGCGUGCACGCCGCUGAGUUCAGCAGAGAACUGGCUGGUGCGGCGCAGACCGCCAUCGCGGCCAUUCAAGAGACCACAAAGAAACAUAAAAAAAAAGUUACAGCCACGGUGCCCAGUUCAAGCGUGAUUGCUGCCACCGUGCAACAACCAGUGUCGCCUCCAGUUGUGACUACGGCCGCGCAAGUAGUGGACUCGGACAACCCAGACUGGACGUUCGACCCGAAUGAGCCUCGAUAUUGUAUUUGUAACCAAGUCUCCUACGGUGACAUGGUUGCGUGCGAUAAUUCAGACUGUCCGUUCGAAUGGUUCCACUAUCCAUGCGUGGGCAUCUCAGCACCACCCAAAGGCAAGUGGUACUGCCCUCAAUGCACAUCUUCCAUGAAGAGACGUGGUGGACGGAAGAAUUGAUUAGGAAAGCGGUUGAGGGACGUUGACCAUGAGAGAGCGAUGUUACUACCUCUUAGACACUGUCCGUCGUCGAGAAUCGACUUAGUUAGGGAACCGUUAGCACUGAUUUUGUAUGACUGUUUUGAUGUGAUUCAAGUUCGUGUCGUCGUCGUCGUCAUCGUCGUCUUGACCGCGUCUCCUCUCUUCGUGAUCGUGAGUGUAUGUUACUUUGACAAUAUUAUACCUCUCAUGGAAAUACGGCGCGUCUAGCGGAUACGAUGGAUCAUUGUGACCACUUUUCAUUUUGUAAACAUUUUAAUGUACUUCGCGUAUGUAUCACGGCAAUGAUACUCCAAGAGUGUUGCGCGAAUUUUCGAGAGGAGACGAGGAGAAUACAAGGUGAUUCGGAAAACACGAGCACUGUCAACCACUAAUGUAUUCUUCGACGCGUUUGAAAUCGACCGUUACUCGUCGAAAAAAAAAAUCUAAGACACUCUCAGUGUCUGGUUAUUUAAUGAGUCAGGCGAUUUCUGACAAUUAAAUGUACAUAAAUAACGAGACUCCAAACGUUAUUUUUUUCCUUUUUGUAAUUAAUUUUAGAUACGCGUGUAUAUUUUAAUUUAGUAGCGAUCUAAUUUCUCAAGCAUAAUUUUCGGUGUAUUUAAUGAGAAUUCAAAUUUACAUUUUUGUUGAUCAGGAAAAUGAUCUCUGAAGUCGCUCGCGAAUAGCGAUUUCCUUAUCGACAACGGUCCGCGUAUAAACGAUUAAUUUAAAAAUUAUUAAUUUCGAAAGCAAAAAUGUAGCGAAUUGGUGUAUAAAUAAUAAAGUGAAGCAUGCAGAGGCAAAUGUUGCCAAAGUGUGUGAACGUUCAA